UGCAGGCAAGCUGUCUGUGCUCUCUCCCGCCUCGCCUCGGCAGCCUCCCACCUUUCCCCCCAGGAAACGGGGCAAGCAAGCGCUCCCCGAAAAUCACAUUGGAAUCCCAGUUGUGCGAAAUCGUGCCGGCGGGCAGGCGGCAGCAGGGGAGUAGGAGCCCUCGGGGCGAGGAGGGCGGAGGGGUAGGGAGAUGGACGCGGGCGGGGACAUCCAGAAGGUGAUGAGCAUGCGGCGCGGGGACAGCGGCUCCAUCUGGCGCCGCGGGGACGACGUCUUCUCGCGCUCGUCCAGGGACGAGGACGACGAGGAGGCCCUGCGCUGGGCCGCGCUCGAGAAGCUCCCCACCUACGACCGUGUCCGCCGCGCCCUCGUGCCGAGCGGCCUCGGCCUCGACGACGGCGGCGCCGAGGCGGGCGCGGCCGGCGGGAAGGGGCUCGUCGACGUCGACGUGCUCAGCCUCGGCCCGCAGCAGCGCCGGGCGCUGCUGGAGCGCCUCGUGCGCGUCGCCGACGAGGACAACGAGCGGUUCCUGCUCAAGCUCAAGGACCGCAUCGAGAGGGUCGGGAUCGACAUGCCCACCAUCGAGGUGCGGUUCCACAACCUGGACGCGGAGGCAGAGGUGCGCGUCGGGAGCAGCGGCCUCCCCACCGUCCUCAACUCCGUCGUCAACACGGUCGAGGAAGCGGCGAACGCGCUGCACUUGCUGCCCAGCAGGAAGCGGACCAUGCCCAUCCUCCACGACGUCAGUGGCAUCAUCAAGCCUCGCAGGUUGACGCUUCUGUUAGGCCCACCCGGGUCAGGCAAGACUACUUUUCUGCUCGCGUUGGCGGGAAGGCUUGACAAAAGCCUCAAGACUAAAGGCAAAGUGACAUACAAUGGCCACGAGAUGACGGAGUUUGUGCCAGAGAGGACGGCUGCGUAUAUCAGCCAGCAUGACCUCCACAUAGGAGAGAUGACUGUGAGGGAGACACUCGCAUUCUCCGCGCGCUGCCAGGGUGUUGGUUCGCGCUUUGAUAUGCUGACUGAGCUGUCAAGGCGGGAGAAGGCGGCGAAUAUCAAGCCUGAUGCUGAUAUCGAUGCAUUCAUGAAGGCAUCUGCAAUGGGCGGGCAAGAUGCCAAUGUGGUCACCGAGUAUAUUCUGAAGAUAUUAGGACUAGAUAUAUGCGCAGAUACGAUGGUAGGGGAUGAGAUGCUUAGGGGCAUAUCCGGUGGACAGAGAAAGCGUGUUACAACUGGUGAGAUGCUGGUUGGGCCUUCCAGGGCGCUUUUCAUGGAUGAGAUCUCGACUGGGCUUGACAGCUCCACUACAUUCCAGAUUGUGAACUCGCUCAGGCAGUCCAUCCACAUCCUCGGUGGCACUGCCGUCAUCUCCCUCCUGCAGCCGGCGCCUGAGACUUAUAACUUGUUUGAUGACAUCAUACUCCUCUCAGACGGCCAAGUUGUCUACCAGGGCCCCCGAGAAGAUGUGCUUGAGUUUUUUGAGUCCAUGGGUUUCAGAUGCCCUGAAAGGAAGGGUGUAGCUGACUUCUUGCAAGAAGUGACUUCGAAAAAAGACCAGAAACAGUACUGGGCGCAGCGUGAUGAGCCCUAUAGGUUUGUGCCGGUGAAGGAGUUCGCAACUGCAUUCAAGUCAUUCCACACCGGGAGAGCUAUAGCAAAUGAGCUUGCUGUUCCAUUUGACAAGAGCAAGAGCCACCCAGCCGCACUAACCACCACGAGGUAUGGCGUGAGUGGCAAGGAGCUGUUGAAAGCAAACAUAAACCGGGAGUACCUUCUCAUGAAGAGGAACUCUUUCGUUUACAUAUUCAGAACCUUCCAGCUGAUGGUGGUGUCAAUCAUUGCAAUGACUCUAUUCUUCCGUACGAAGAUGAAGCAUGACACGAUAGCUGAUGGGGGGCUCUACAUGGGCGCACUCUUCUUUGGUGUGCUUAUGAUUAUGUUCAAUGGCUUCACUGAGAUGGCACUCACUGUCUUCAAGCUGCCUGUAUUCUUCAAGCAGAGAGACCUCCUUUUCUUUCCGGCAUGGGCCUACACUAUACCCUCAUGGAUCCUCAAGAUACCCAUCACAUUCAUCGAGGUUGGUGGUUAUGUGUUCAUGACAUACUAUGUCAUUGGGUUCGACCCAAAUGCUGGCAGGUUCUUCAAGCACUAUCUCCUUCUUUUGGCAAUCAAUCAGAUGUCAGCGUCUAUCUUCCGAUUUAUUGGUGGUGUAGCGAGGAACAUGAUUGUUGCUAAUGUCUUUGCAUCAUUCAUGUUGCUGGUUUUCAUGGUGCUAGGAGGAUUUAUUCUAGUAAGAGAGAAAAUCAAGAAAUGGUGGAUCUGGGGGUACUGGAUCUCCCCAAUGAUGUAUGCGCAGAAUGCCAUUUCCGUGAAUGAGAUGUUGGGGCACAGCUGGGACAAAAUAUUGAAUAGCACUACCUCCAACGAGACCCUAGGUGUGCAAGCCCUUAAAUCCCGUGGAAUAUUCCCAGAAGCCAAGUGGUACUGGAUUGGCUUUGCUGCAAUGAUUGGGUAUAUCUUAUUGUUCAACGCUCUCUUCACUCUUGCCCUCACAUACCUAAAGCCAUAUGGGAACUCUCGACCAUCAAUCUCUGAAGAGGAGCUGAAUGAGAAGCGUGCCAGCAUGAACGGUGGGGUUCCAGACGGCAAUCACUUGGCAUCACAAAGCUCCCAUCGGUCAACAGGAAUCAACGCUGACACUGAUUCUGCCCUGACUGAAAAGGGGAUGAUCCUCCCAUUUGUCCCGCUUUCACUCACCUUUGACAACAUCAGAUACUCUGUUGACAUGCCACAGGAAAUGAAAGCACAAGGUGUACAAGAAGAUCGUCUUGAGCUCCUCAAAGGUGUCAGUGGGUCUUUUAGGCCUGGGGUGCUAACUGCACUGAUGGGCGUUAGUGGCGCAGGGAAAACCACUUUGAUGGAUGUGUUGGCAGGGAGAAAGACUGGUGGGUACAUUGAAGGAGAUAUCAGUAUUUCAGGAUACCCAAAGAGACAAGAGACCUUUGCACGCAUAUCAGGAUACUGUGAGCAGAAUGAUAUCCACUCGCCGCAGGUAACAGUCUACGAGUCACUGCUUUUCUCAGCGUGGCUGCGGCUUCCAGGGGAUGUAGAUUCAAACAAAAGAAAGAUCUUCAUUGAGGAAGUGAUGGAGCUUGUGGAGCUCAAACAGUUGAGACAUGCUUUGGUUGGACUUCCUGGAGUGAAUGGCCUGUCAACGGAGCAGAGGAAAAGACUUACCAUUGCAGUGGAACUCGUUGCAAAUCCAUCCAUCAUCUUCAUGGAUGAGCCAACCUCGGGACUUGAUGCCCGAGCAGCUGCAAUUGUUAUGCGUGCGGUGAGGAACACUGUCAACACUGGUAGGACAGUGGUCUGCACGAUACAUCAGCCUAGCAUUGACAUAUUUGAAGCAUUCGAUGAUCUUUUCCUGAUGAAGCGUGGUGGAGAAGAGAUCUAUGCUGGUCCACUAGGCCAUCAUUCUUCAGAGCUGAUCAAGUAUUUAGAGGGGAUUCAAGGUGUCAGCAAAAUUAAAGAUGGCUACAAUCCAGCAACAUGGAUGCUGGAAGUGACAACAGCAUCUCAAGAACACGUGCUAGGUGUUGAUUUCAGUGACAUAUACAAGAAAUCUGAACUCUACCAGAGGAACAAGGCCUUGAUAAAGGAAUUAAGCCAACCUGCACCAGGUUCAAGUGACCUGUAUUUCCCUACCAAGUAUCCGCGCUCGUCCAUCACACAAUGCAUAGCUUGCCUGUGGAAGAUGAACCUGUCAUACUGGAGGAACCCUCCUUACAAUACCGUUAGGUUCUUUUUCACUACUAUAAUUGCUCUUCUCCUAGGCACCAUCUUCUGGGACCUUGGCGGCAAAGUGAGGACGUCACAAGACUUGAUGAACGCCAUGGGCUCAAUGUACGCAGCGGUGCUGUUCAUCGGCAUCAUGAACUGUACCUCAGUUCAGCCAAUGGUGGCUGUGGAGCGGACUGUCUUUUACCGUGAAAGAGCUGCGGGCAUGUACUCAGCUUUCCCAUAUGCAUUUGGACAGAUUGUCAUUGAGCUCCCGUACGCACUGGCUCAGGAUAUCGUGUACGGGCUGAUAGUGUACUCGAUGAUCGGGUUCGAGUGGACGGUUGCCAAGUUCUUCUGGUACCUCUUCUUCGGGUACUUCACGCUGCUCUACUUCACAUUCUACGGCAUGAUGGCCGUCGGCAUAACCCCAAACGCCCACAUCGCCGCGAUCGUCUCCUCGGCGUUCUACGCCAUCUGGAACCUCUUCUCCGGGUUCAUCGUCCCGCGACCGAGAGUGCCGAUCUGGUGGAGGUGGUACUGCUGGGUGUGCCCCGUGGCGUGGACGCUGUACGGGCUGGUGGUGUCGCAGUUCGGCGACGUGAUGACGGAGAUGGACGACGGCAGGACCGUGAAGGCGUUCGUCGAGGACUACUUCGACUUCAAGCACAGCUGGCUGGGGUGGGUGGCCGCCGUGGUCGUGGGCUUCACGGUGCUCUUCGGCGCCCUCUUCGGCUUCGCAAUCAUGAAGCUCAACUUCCAGAAGAGAUGAUGACGAUAUAUGGAGCUGGGAGCCUGGGAACCAUGCAUGUCCUGCUGCAUAUAUUAAAGAGAUUUUUACAUUGGUUCGGUCGAAAGUAAAUUGGGGUGUGCAUAUUAGCGGAGUAUAAACCAUAUGUCUGGAAUCGUUAACUAGUUUACAACUCUUUGGGAGGAUAGUGGCUUAGUAGUAUUUUGUAAAGAGUAUUUCACACGUUCGGUAAAUUUUGUAUUAGCGUUAGAAAGUAUUAGCUGGAGAAGGCAACAAAAAAAGAAUACCUCAUGCUUUGUUGUUGACUUGAUCA